CGCAGCGGCGGCCAAUAGGCGGCGCGCGGUGGCGCGGGCGGCCCGGAGGGUGUUGUUGCGCACUCGGAGCCGCCGCUGCUGCCGCCGACAGCUAUCUGAUUUGUGUCGGAUUGAGGAACGUGUUGAGGAACGAUUGAGGAAGCUGGGGGUGUUUAGCCUGGAGAAAAGGAGACUCAGAGGCGACCUUAUCGCUCUCCACAACUUCCUGAAGGGCAGUCCCAGUCAGGUGGGGCCGGUCUCUUUCUCCAGGCAGCAACUGACAGGAUGAGAGGUCACAGUCUCAAGCUGCGUCAAGGGAAAUAAAGGUUACUUACAGACAACUACAGAAGAGCUUAAUUGUGAUGUUUUAAGAUUGAACCAUGGCCAUGAAUGACAGCGUUAAUAUCUUGAACUCUGCUUAUCUGGCAGUGGAAUAUAUAGACUCCUUCUUACCUGACAAUCCCCUGCAGCAACCAUUUAAAAAUGCCUGGAAUUACAUGCUGGAUAACUACACAAAGUUCCAGAUUGCAACCUGGGGAUCACUUCUAGUUCAUGAAGUUUCAUACUUUUUGCUCUGUGUACCUGGAUUUAUCUUUCAGUUUAUACCAUACAUGCAAAAGUACAAAAUUCAACAGGAUAAACCAGAAACAUGGGAAAAACAAUGGAAGUGUUUCAAAACCCUCCUCUUCAAUCACUUCUUCAUUCAGCUGCCCCUGAUUUGUGGUACCUAUUACUUCACAGAGUAUUUUAACAUCCCGUAUGGGUGGGAAGAGAUGCCGAGAUGGUAUGUUCUGGUUGGCCAGUGUUUUGGAUGUGCAGUGAUUGAGGAUGCCUGGCACUAUUUUCUGCAUAGAUUGCUGCAUCACAAGAGAAUAUACAAGUAUAUCCAUAAGGUUCACCAUGAGUUUGUUUCUCCAUUUGGAAUGCAAGCAGAAUAUGCACAUCCUUUGGAAACACUCAUCCUUGGAGCUGGCUUUUUUAUUGGAAUUGUUGUUUUCUGUAACCAUGUGGUUCUUCUGUGGGCGUGGGUGAUCUGUCGCUUGAUGGAAACCAUUGAUGUACACAGUGGCUACGACGUGCCGCUGAAUCCUCUCCAUCUGGUGCCUUUCUACGCCGGGGCCCGGUUCCAUGAUUUCCACCACAUGAACUUCAUCGGCAACUACGCCUCGACCUUCACGUGGUGGGACAGACUCUUUGGCACAGACUCUCAGUUCAUUGCCUAUCAAGAAAAGGAGAAGAAGAAACAAUGCUUAACAAAGAAGAAGGCUAACUAAAUUUCCAGUGUAAAAGUCAUCUUUUGCUUUUCUGUAAAGCAAAAUAGUGAUUGGGUGUUUAGCAUAAAUCUUGUUCCCUGGCUACUAAGAGGUAGGGGAAAACAGCUAAUUGAACUGCAGUAUCUUUCUAAUGGGAAUGUUUUCUAUUUUGUACAUAAGUACUGCAUAUAUUUUAACUACAGAUUUAAAGAUGAUGGAAAAAACCAGAGACAACUUGUGUCUAUCUUUUUUUUUUUUGACAAGAAAAAAAUCAGUUUUAUCUAUAAUGUUGCCCAUUUUUGGAUCUGGGUAGAAUUAUGUACGUACACUGAAGUUGGUCUUAGUUUUUUUAAAUAUAUAUUCUUGAAUUUAUAAUAUCAAAUAGCAGAAGUUAUUAACUAGCAUCAGCACUGAAUUAUUUAAAUAUUGGGUAAAAAUUGCUUGAAACCAAAAUGUCUGUUACUAGGAAGCUUGGACAGGUCUUUUGCACACUGGAUAAUGUGAACUGCUAAUAACAGAAUACCUGGCUAAACAUGAAUUGUCAGAGACAUUCCUGAUCUAGAUUUAUUAUGUUAAUUUAGAUUACAAAAGAGUAAGAAGAGUAGAAAUUUUUAUUUGAAGACACUGGUUUUUGCUGCUCUCUUGAGGUUGGUCUGUCAGUGUACUUAGCAUUUACAUUACAUUCUUCUAUGUUGUAAUUUGCUGAUCUGACUUGUUGCUAUAUUUGCACUUGUGACUGAUGAAAUAAACGUGGUUUGGUUUGAUGCA